AAGUGAAAAUGUUAAAAAAGUUCCCGUGAUUGCAAGGAAAUUGUCUAAUUUGAAUGAUUUGAAUUAUGUACAGAUCUUUCUUUAAAGAAUUAUAUAGUUUGAAAUGAUUUAACUCUCUUUCCAAGAUGUAUGUGUUCGUUUUAAGCGAAAUGGUGUAAUUUCAUUUCGUUUAACAAAUAUGGAUAUUAAUUUCAAAACAAUUAUGCCUACAGAUUUUGAUCGUAACAACAACAAGUGGCACCAAUGUUCAAGCGCAGCAUCUCCAACAACACACAGGCCGAGCGCAUAAGUGAAGUGAAAUAAGUAAAUAAAAGGAAAUAUUAAAAUGAGCAAAAAAUCAUAAAACUAUAUAAAUGUGUACUUAUGCAAGUGAACUUAAAGGGCACACACACAGCUAUAACUAAAUGUAUCAGUUAUAAAAUAUCUGAAAAGCAAAAGUGUGCGCGCGUGUGUUUUGGUGUGUAGCAGAAUUGAGUUUUAUUAAAUUUAUUUGCUGCUGCUAUCGCGACGCUUUCAACAUUGUUGCCAACAAUUGCGAGCGUCGUUAUCGUCGUGGCGCACCAGUAGCAAUACAACAAAUAUACAUGUGAAGUAAAAAAGCAACAAAGCAAAUUAAAAAAAAUAUUUUGAAAUUAACAUAAAAAAUACGCGGGACUGUAAAUAAGCAGAAGUGAGUGAGUGCAUAAAAAAGAAAAAUACAAACUCACAUACAUAUACGUGAAAGACAAUAACAAAGUGCAAAAAGUGUCCAUUAAAAAAAUAAACACUGCUUGUUAGUGUUGUGCGGUGCAUGUGCAUUUGUGUGCGGUGUUUUCAACAAUUCAACAAGUACUGCAGAAAUUACAAUAAAGUGAAAUACUAAGUGCAGUUAGCAAGUAGAAGAUCGGCUGAAACAGAAAUGAACAGCGUUGACGGCGCACCCAAUGCCACGACUUUAGCUGAGGGAGCCCCAACGAGCGCGACGGCAACGCCAAGCGUAACCACAAAAACAAAUAAUUCAAGCACAAAAACGACAACGCCAACAACAACAACUACUGUGCGCGUUAAAACAACAGAUCCGUCGACAACAACAGCAACGUCAAGCGUAAUAAAGCCAACGGCCGCUGAUGCCACCGAUGAAUUCCACGAAAGCGACAAAAAUGCACGCCGCAUUGUUGUCGAUGAGCAGCAGCAACCAGAACAAAAACAAAUACAGCGUAAUGAAGCGCCAAUAAAGCAAAUAAUAAUAACAAAAAACAUAAGAGCAACAACAACAGCAACAACGACGGACGGCGUAGCAGUAACUGCAACAACUACAAUGGGCAAUACUAAUAAAACCAACAUUGACACAACAGACAAGACUACUGACGCAGAAACAACAACAACAACAAUAACAAAAGCGUCAGCAACAACAAUUGAGACAACAAAAAGCAUUCAAGAUGCGGAGAAUAACGACGUUCCAAUGACAGAUAUGGCAACCGCAGAGGGCAAUCGCGACGGCGAUGGUGUGGAUGACGGCGGUGGCGUCGACGGCGACGACGGUGGGAAUGCCACUGCCACCAACAGCACUACUAGAACAACGACCACACUGUCCACCGCAACCGCCGUCAUUGAUAACAUAACGACGCUGGCUAAGCCACAGCCAUUAUUGACGGCGGAAGGCGAUAAUUGCGAACUCAAUGAGUUGGAAUUGUGUCGCUGUUGUGGCAAGCCCAAUGUCACGCUCUAUGAUCUCUUCCCCAACAUGCCAGCCGACAAUGCAAAUACAUUACUGGAGGGCGAUACAAAUGUAGACGCCAUUGCAGCAAAUAUUGAGACAACAGUUGAUGUGAAUCAAGCGACAGCGUGCGAUAUUGCCGCGAAUGUUGCCAAAAAUGGAGCACAAAUGAAUAAUAAUAAGCCCGUCGUUGACACAACCACUGUUGCAACGAAGACCGAUGACAAUGCAAAGACAAAUACACCGAAACGUUGUUAUCGCACUAUUGCCGCAUCUAUUGCUGCGGCAGCCGCCGGUAGCAGCACAACGACUGGUUCGUGCAGUGCCGGCGCUCCCACCUGCCAAAAAACCAAUGACCCAGUUGUUGGCACCACCAUCAACAGUGAUGUUGUUGCUGCUGAUCGCGGCGCUGAGGUCGCGCCAUCGACGGCAACAACAAGUGCUGCGCGUGUGAAACAAUCUGCAACAGUUGCCGCGCUGGCAAAUGAGAAAAAUGCGGACGAUGCGACCAACAAUGCAGAGGCGCAGAACGCCAAUGCCCAGGGACAAAGCAGCGACAACAUGGAGAAUAUUUUGCAAGAGAUGCAAAUUUGGCGACUACGGAUAAAAUCCAAUGAUGGACUGCCACAGCGUAUCUGCUCGAAAUGUAGCGCGCAAUUCUACAUUAUCCACAAGUUUCGUCGUAAAUGCCUCAAGGUACAAAUCAGAUUGCGUUCGCUUUUCGACAAAACCCAGUGUUGGGAAUAUGAAGAGCUGUUGGCGCGAGUGGCGGCCGAGCAAACGGAGGAACAGCCGGCCGCGCUGCCUUCACAGACGAAAUCGAAGCCAAAUAAUUGCCAAAGACGGCGCAACCAGGAGACGCAAACCACAGACGAGCUGGAGACCGCGUUGAGCGUGAAUCUGCCACCGGUGUUGGACAUUGGCAACGAUUUAAUUAACGAUAACUACAGCAAAUCUCCGCGUACGGGGCUGGAACUCAACGUUAAUGCGGCCAAUGCUGCCAAUCCCGGCCAUACCGGCAAUCCGGCUAAUAAUACGACGACGAGUCUGAGCGGUAAUGGCAACAGCAGUGAGACGUUCAAGUUGUCUGCUGCAGAGAAGACAGCAAUCGCCACAACAACUACAGCAACAACCACAAUAGCUACGGUACGAACAUCCUCCCCUUGCGCGAUACAAAAGCCAUUACUGGGCGUUGAACCAACAAAGCCCAAAACGAAAGUGCCAAACAAUGAUUUGACGACGUUGGAUGUUGAGGCGGCUCUGGGACGUGAUGUAAAUAGGCGGCGUGGCGGUCGAAGCGUCGAUCAAGAGUCACUGCUGGCAACGCAUAUUAUUUUUAAGCCCACAACGGCGGCGGAACGUACAAAAGCCAACAAGAGAACAGCCUCACCAACAAACCCAACGACUGUGCUGAUGCGAACUCGAUCGGCGCGAAAAAGGCCGAUUAGUUGCCAGCAAGCGAGCAAUGAGGAUGAAUUAUCCUCGGCCGCACGGUUGAAAGAUGAGGCGCGAGCAGAUGAUUGUCUUGCCGCUGUUAAUGACGUUGAUGAUGAUGAUGACGAUGAGGUGAAAAAUGAGGCAUUGGCGCGGACAGACGACGAAGUGCCGACCGACGCCGACCAGUCUGUGGAGGCCAUAGCCAAAACGGCGUCGCUAUGCGCGUCUCCAUCUCCAUCUCCGACGUACUCAAGCGGCGAGCCAAAGCAUGCCGAAAAUUGUGUGCAACGCGAGAAACGUGCAAGGGAGCGGGAACGGAUACGGGACGAUGUUGGCGAAUGUGUACGCGAAGGAGAACGAGAAACAGAAGCGGAAAUCGCGUCAGCAGCAGUAUUUAUGGAUACGCGACACGCCCACUCGUACACAGCGACGACUGAAGGGGCGGUAGAGACGGAGCCGGUGGCGGCGAUCUCAUGUGAUGCGGACACGUUAAUAGCGCGUUGUGGCGGUGAUUGCGGCGGCAAUGUUGUUAAAGCUAUCACAGAUGAGCCUCUGACUGAAAUUUCGAGUUCAACGCGGCACAACAAGGUAGACGACGACGACGUCGUCGAUUUGUUACAACCAGCUGUUGUUGUUAACACUGCUAAGGCAACACCAAUGGACGUCGACACAUCGUCGGUGCAACAGAAACCGAUUAGCGGUCAAGCGGUCACAAAAACACCAACAAUUGCUAAUAAUACCGAAACGAGCGCGACUACAGCGACGGCAGCGGCGGCGGUGGUAGAGUUAACUAAAGCACCGACGAAUGAUGUACAAAGCAGUAAACAAACAGUGGAAGCGUCCGAGAUUAGUAAUUUGCCAAUUUUGCCGGCAACAACGACGAAUACGACGACGUGCAACAACGAGGCUGUGAAAGAUGGUGCGGCUGCUUUGCAGAUAAUUGCCAGUGAAACUGAUGCAAGCAAGGCGGCGACGUCGGCGGUAGUUGAGGCUAAUAAUAAGGGAGUUGCUGGCAACACUUUAAAGUCAAGCUUGAAUCGCACUUCGAGUCUGAGUAAUGUACAAGACGACGACUGCGGUGUUGGCGGUAAGCAUCAUUUGCAAACUGAUGAACGUUUGGCUGCUGAAAAUGUGCCUGUUACCGUAGACGCUGAUGGUAAUGGUGAUGAUGAAGGCGUUGAAACGCUAAUGGCAACAGUUGAACAGCCAAGAUCAACAACAGCUGAGCACAAAAACAACAUUGAAACUAUUACCAAUGCGUUCUCAGGAGAAACCGAACUACUAGAAACCGCAACCGCAAUAGAUCCCAACUCCGAGAGCGCGGUUUCCGCUUUCAUAACAAAAGCUGCGCUCAAAGCGUACAGCACAUCGCCGAAAUGUCGUUCGCUCGCACGUCGCCAUAUGCAGCACAAGCUGCGACGUACACUGAAGGGACCCAUCGUCCAUUUGCUCGCCAACUCGCCUGCCUCUACGUCGGCCGCCGCGGCGGCUUUCACCGCCAUACAUUACAAGAAAAAGCAGGUACGACGUAGCCUUACAAAGCUAACGUCUGAGCGCGCGACGGCUCUGCUCGAUGGUGAGGCAACCACAGUGGCGACGGCUAGCAACGAUAUUGACACUAGUAGCAUAGCGGAAGGCGCUGACUCUAUGACGCUACCAACACAACCAACAUUCUCCUAUUAUGCGACAGCGCGUCGUGGUCGUCGACGACUUAAAUGGCGUGCACGCUCUCGCCACCCUUGUUUCGAUAAACACUCACGCACAGAGAGUGCGUCAACCGAUUGUGUUGGUGACGUAGAUAAGGCUGAGUCGGUGACACGGCUACCCUCAUGUUUUGUACGCUUACGGCGCUUGGAAGCCACAGAGUUGUACGAAGAGGUGACAAAGUCUAUGUCAGCAGCAGCCGCAACAGUUGCUUUGCAACACACGAACGAAACAGAUGUUCACACAGAACCACUAAUGGACAAAGAAUGCGUAGCAUUAAAAGUCACUGACGCGACUGAAGACGUGUCCAAUACACGCUUAGUGCUCAAACGUAAACUAGCAGCCGAUGAAAACGAAGGCUCACAAUCUACGCGCUCACCUUGGCGCACCAAAGCCGAAAUGAAGGAAAGCCUACAGAAAGAAACUUCUAUGGAUAUUGUGGAUGAUCAACUACCACCGCCCACACCAAGCGUACCAACACCGUUUGUAAUGCCCACCGAAACCCAAAAGACUGAAUUAUAUCUAACUGAGACAGCUUGCAGCACAGAUGGAGAUAGUACCACGACAACCGCGGGCGGAAUUUGCAUAGAGCGGCGCAGCAAACGCAUUAAGAAGCGACGCAAAUUAUUAGAGGAAACGAAACGACGUGACAAUGCCACCGACGGCAAAGUGAUGCCCAUUAUUUUGAAGUUAGUCCAAGAGAAACUUCCGGAAGCAUGUGGUUCGUGCGCCACCAAGCAAUCUUCUGAUAAAACAAGUCUUACGCCGAAUUCACAAUGCGCUUUGCCACACCCAUUGACAGCAGCGCGUUAUCAUGUCGUUGGCAGCUUGUCCAAGCCGCAGAAUGUAGAGGUUCCGAGCAGUGAGUCUCAAAAGCGGCGUCGCUGCCGUCCAAAACGCUCGUGCUGUCGCGAAAACUGUAGCUUGACUGAUGACGCGGCCACCACGGAGGACGAGCACGCGCCAAAUGUGAUACACAAGCCAGAAAACACCACUACUCUACCACCACAGCUUAUCAGCCAAAAUAAGGGCAAGAUGGUAAUAGAUAAUGUAAAUAUAGUGAGUGUCAAUACUUGUAGUGAGUCCACCAAAGAAAAUUGUGAUAAGAAUAAGAAGAGCGUCGCAAUGACCGCUUCAUCCGGUACGUCGGUCGGCUCAAGCUCGGGCAUGACUUUGCCCAGCCAAAUAGUGCCUUUACCGCCCGUUUUACCAGCGCUCACCCCAACUCAAAGUGAUCCAGUGAAUACUGCUGAGGUCUCAACUACUGAUAAGCCGUCAAUUGCCGCCGUUAAGUUGACGCCAACUAAAGCCGCGCCUGCCGCGUCCAUGUCUUUGAAGACCUUUUCUACACUUAUGUCCAACCCAACAAAGUCUUCGUUGUUUACCUCUCCAGUGAAAACGGAUAUUGUAGAGUCACCCACAAAAUCUUUCUCGUCACCUGUGAUGGCAAAGAUGACAACGCUCACAACGCCAACAUCAACAUCAACUUCAACCGCAAACACCCAACCAGUGUCCGUUCUCUUACGUAAUCAGCUAAUAGUGCGCGUACCGCUCUCUAUACUAUCUGCCGAUUUCCAAAAGAAAUUCCUUAAAACAACAAAUCUGCAGAAAACACCAAUCAAAGCGACCUUGUCCGACACCUCAACGGUGACCACUGAGACGUCAAAAGUGUCAGAAAAUCUGACGACAAGUUCCCAAGAGACAGAGAAGGCAGAAAUAGCUGAGCCCGAUCAUAAAAAGGAGGAAAAUAAUGCAAUGCACAGCAAUAGAGAUGGUGAGUCUGAAGGUUCCAUAACAUCAACUGAACUACCGCAUGCCAGCGACGAACAGUCAGCUAACGAAGGCCAAACUUCGAAAGGUAAUGCACAAGCAGCUCAGUUCCAAGCUGAUGCCACUAAGGCGCAACUUAUGCCUUACAGCGGCUAUGCUUGCGGCAGCAGCCAGUACGAAAGCGAGCAAAGUGAUUUUAUGGGCUUCAGCGACGGUACUGGAUCAAGUCCGAAUCGGCGCAUAGACUGCCUAACGAACAACAGUGCUUUGUAUUCGAGCUGCGCCGUACCAACAAUUACAACACAUACCCCAGCGUCCGCGGAAACUUUGACUGACGCAAAAUUGCAUGAAUUCAUAAGUGAAUUCGCGCCAGAGUUCGCAAAUGAGUCCGAAGCGCCGCAAGCCAACGAAUUGCAAGCCACCUUGCCAGCCGGCGAAGUGACCGCUGCAUUACUCGCUGAAGCUGAGGCCGAGAAAGUUGCAACACAGCAACAUACACAGCUGCUAAGCGAAACGAACUUGAGUGAGAUGCAGGACGUGGAGAACACACUAAGUGGUAUACUCAAUGAAAUGCAGGAUCAGCACAUUUACACGCCGGUAUCGUCCAGUGCAGAUGACUUUUUCGCACAAUCCGUAUACUCGCCACUCUCCGAGCCACCAACCACGCCCACACACAGCAUGUACGCUGAAAGUCCGCUCGGUGGCGUCGGCAGUGUGGGUAGCAGCAGCAUGGCCGGUGGUGGUGGCAGCUUGUCGGUGGCCUCCAGCCCUUACGUCCAACAUAUGCAUAUGGAACCAGCAAGCGUAAGCAGUGGACAGAUGUCAGAGCCAUCACCACUGCCGGCGCCGAUGUCCGUCGGUCCACCGACACAUCAACCGCAGUCGACGCAGCAAACACAGGGUGCCGCUGCUGGUUAUAGCAAACAAUAUGGCAAUAAAUACGGUGAGUGCUUCACGGAAGACAGCACACAGUCGGAGUUGAUCGGCUUCCAAAAUGAUAUACCUUGCUUUGAGAACAUUGAGCUGGUGGGAGCAGCUGCCAACAAUGCGUCAGCUAGUCCGGCAAGCAGCCAAAAUGAGAAAAGCCCGCGUGACUUGGAAAUGCGCGCAUUAGCGGCGGUGUCUCUUGAGGAGGCGACUAAUUGCAAGGUGGGCGUUGCAAAGGCGGAUACUCUACAGUAUAUGGGCACUGACAUGAACGCCUGCGUCAACGAGACUAACAACGGUGUGCAGGUGCAUGCGCCUGCAACGGACUUACCCGCAGAGUGUGGUGCAGACGUCGGCUCUACGAAGGAGUAUUCAGUAGAUAGCGCGGCGUUCGCGCAGCUGCUGAAUGACAUCCAGGAGACAGAGCGAGUGGUGGAGCAGCGUGCGCGUGCCCAGGCGCAAGAGGAUAAAACGCAGGAUGCAGCAGUGCAGAAGAAACAGCAACACCGACGGCAGCAGCAACAUGUAAUACCGCAGCCGCAACAACAGCAACAACAACACCAGCAUGUGUUGCAGCAGCAAAUAUUGCCAGCAGAAGGCGCGCCGUCGCAGCAACUAAUUCAACAGCAACAACUGGCGCAACAACAACUGCCGCAGACUGAGCUACUCUUACAACAGCAACGUGAGGAAGAGUUACUCAAACAACAACAGCUGCUGCAGCAACAGCAGCAACAACAAGAGCAUCUGAUGCAGCAGAAAUUGUUGGAGCAACAACAACAGGAACAGCUAAUGCAGCAACAAUUGUUGGAGCAACAACGGCGACACCAACAGCAGCAACAGCAACAACAGCUGUUGGAACAACAACGUGAACGGCAGCGCCAACAACAACAGCAACAACAGGCAUUGGAACAGCAACGCAAGCAACAACAACAGCAACAGCAGCAACGCACACAAAUCAUUCACCAAACUGUGCUUGCCACGCCCAAGCAACAACACGCACAGGCACACGCGCACACGCAAGCCGGCCAACAACAGAAACAACACUACAUCACCUUGCCGCCCAGCUGCGCUUACGAGGCGGCGCAACUGCAACUGGCGCAAGCGGCCAACGCCAUACAGCCAAUACAAAAUCUGGGCGUUGGUGUGAACCUGUAUGCCCACGGCCUCGGCAGCGGACAAGAAAUCCAAUGGGCGUCCAGUGCCGAUCUCACAGGCCUCUCGCCGGCCAUCAUCGAGGCGCCAGCCGCCGGCGGUGGCACCACCACCUACUACAUUAGCGCCAGCGAUUUGUAUCAACCCAAUUUGAUUGCCACCACCGGCAUGUCGCCGCAUUUGGCUGGUACAGCGCAACAACAUGGCCACCACCACCACCAACAACAACAACAGCAUCGCCAUGCAAUUGAGUUGAACAAAUCAUCGGUGGUCGAUGCAAAUGAGAAUUAUAUUGAAGGCGCUACCUCCGCAGUACAACAGCGACCAGCGUGCCAACAACAACCACAACAGCAGCAACAAAUAAUGAUUGUGAUACCGCAAGAUUACGGCAAACCCGGCAGUAACGGCGCCACCCCACAAUUGUACGCCACAACCGCCGGCACACCUGAACCGCCGACCACAUAUCAAUUGUCGCAGGCGCCACAGGCCGUCAUCAUGCAACAUGCACAACCACAAAUGACGGGACAACCGCUGCCACACAUGUCAACGGUACAGGUGAACGGCAUCAAUUUGAAUCCACAAUUUAUCGCUUCACCUACAGUGAAUUCGGCUCAACGCACUUUGCAUCAGACGCCGCCUCCGCGCCACAUGCAACACUAUCAGUUGCACAACGCCACACCACCGCCACACUCAGCCGCCGCUCAGGUUGCCAAUCGGCCGCCGCGCUGCGCUUCAACACCCUCCGCAUCGCACUACCAACAACGACAACAACAUCCGCAACAACAACAAAUACAACUGCAAGCAGUGCACGGCACGCCGCAAGUACGCAUGUUGCAGCACUCGCGCGCACGUCAACCCGCCAUGCAGCAACUACAAUUGAUCCAACCGCAUCCGCAACCGCAAACAGCAAAACCAAUUGCCACAAUCGCAGCUAAACCAAGCAAUGCCGGCAACGCAGGCACAUCCUCGCAAAAAGUCAAUUUGGUUUGUCGCUUCUGUCACAAACGCCCCAAGUUUACCAGCAAUCUCGACUAUAGCAAUCACAUUAUUGCCAUGCAUCCGGUGGAGACGCCAUUCAAUUGUCCCCACUGCCCGAUGCAUUUCACGCGUCGCGUAAAACGUCAACAACACAUUGUCGAAGAGCACGGCGCCCAGCGCUUCCAAUGCGCCCAAUGCGGCCAAAGUUUCUGCACGCAACGCGCACUCGAUCAGCACUUGCAACGCGCCCAUGCAUUGGAGCCAACGCAGCCACUGCAAACGCAAGCAACAAAACAAUCGCCCGCACAGGCACAGGCGGGCGGCGUACAGCAACGUGUAUCGCGGCAGCAAACACAAAAUUUGGCGACCGCACAGCCGACGGCAACGCAUCAAAUGCAACAAUCGCCACAGCGGCGCAAAUGUUACCUACAACAGCGGCCUACGUGGCUGGAGAGUCGCCAUCGCAACGCAGCAAUGGCCUCGGCAGCAGCGGCCGCGGCCGCGUCCACCAAUUCGCAAACGUCGAUGGUGCGUGUCGAGGAUGUGCAUCUGCAACUGUGCGACGAUGCGGCUAAAGGCAAGAAACCCAUUGAUUUGCAACUGGACACCACGCAAUUGAGUGCCGAGUCUACAACUACAACAACACACAAGCCGGCCGGCGGCAUGCACACGCCAUCGCCCAGCUCAAGCGGCGGCAAGCCACAACGCAUACUCUGCUGUCCCGACUGUGAUGACCCUUUCAAUGAAGACCAUGCGCAUGCGCAACCAUGCGCAGCACCACAGCAGCAGCAACAACAACAGGAACUGCAAGCGCAAAUGCAACACCAACAGCAGCAGCACCAACAACAACAACAACACGGUGACUUCCUCCAACAAUUAGAGGACGAAAGUGCAUUUGAGGAAGAACAACAACAGCAAAGUGACGAACAAUCACUGCAACACCGCGCCAAGCGCGCACACGUCACGCUGCCCUCACCCGAGCAAACGGAACCGGACAGCACCUCCACCAACACCGGCACACUGCGACAUUUUCGCAAGCGACGCGCCAGCGCCAAAUUGGCUGGCAUGCCGCCCCAGCAGCCAGCUGGUAGUGUUGGCGACGGCAAUGCCAACGCUGCCGCUGCGCUAAUGGCGGACAAUGCGAACGCCAGCGAAGAUGAAUUGCUGCUAAUGGAACGCGUCUUGCGCACCAGUCAUAAUUGUCUCUUCUGCGAUGCACGCUUCACCAAUGACAUAGCGUUGCGCAAACAUCAUCAGCUGGCGCACAGCAAUCAAGCCUCCAUGCCGUUUGUUUGUUCGAUCUGUAAGCGCGGUUUUCGCAUGCGCUCCGCCCUCCAUCGUCACAUGGAGACACACGAUAGCGAGGGGAGACCAUACGAGUGCACGUUGUGUCAUGUGCGCUUCCCGCGCCCCUCCCAGCUGACGUUGCACAAAUUGACGGUGCAUUUUCUGCGCAAACCACAUGCCUGCGGUGUGUGUGGCAAGCAAUUUGGCACGGAGAGCGCACUUAAGACGCAUAGCAAAUUUCAUGCAGCGCACAUGGAGAGCCAUAUGCCUUUGGGCGUUUUUAUGUCCGACGGUGCCGUCCAGCUGCCAGCCGGCGUUGAGGCCGAACACCAACAGCCAGUAUCCGACUAUCACGAAGAAGAGGAUGAGGAGGCGCAUGAAGAGGAGAUUGUGCUGGAGCAGCAACAGGAGUCGCAAAUCGAAAUUGAACAACCACAAGCGCAAGCGAUACGCGAACAGCAAGAGCUAGAGCAGCUGCUUGAAGAUGAGCAGGAGGAACAAGAUAUGCAGGAUGUACAAACAGCUGAAGCACAUGGUGAAGUUGAUGAUGAAAUGGCCGGCACGCCAAUUGCUGUGGAUAGUGUUGUUGAGCAGCACGAGCAACAAAUGUUGGCUGAGCACGAGGCGACAGUGGGCGAUGAGUCAACACAACAGCAACAGCAACAAAAUGCUGAUGACUGUAUGUUUGCGGCCAGCUGUAGUCCUAGCACCACCACCGGCGCCAGUCCGUAUGCCUUUGCGGCAGAUGCCAGCAGUCAUUUAAACCAUUCCGAUAUAAGCACCACCAGCAACAGUGGCGCACAAGCCAACAACAGCACCGCAAAUAGCAGUUGCAUUGAAGGGGCUAACGGUUGCAGCAGUAGCGCUAAAUAGUCUCCGGCCAUUGCGUACAUUGUAGGGCAACAGCCACCGACGAUUGUGCUCUACUAUUGUGCGGACAAAUAACAGGAGAAGAUGGUGGUGGCGGGGAAGGAAGAGUGUGAGGGUGAGGCGUUGAAACAUCAAGCAAUAUGCCACAGCUAGCAGGCGCAACUAUAUGGCAGCGCGGGAGGUGUUGGAAUGAGCACUUAAAUACGUCGUAUCACUCGCUGUCAGCCCUACAACAAAAAGAACAGUUAUAAUAGUAUCUACUCUGACCUAAAUUGAAUUUUACACAAUGUCAUUAAAUGUUUACAUUUUCAAUUUGCUUAACUUGGCCUUGCGCUGGCGAGCUUUUUCCUAUUUUUAUUGCUAAAAAAUCAUUUAAUUCACGUGAAUUUGAGAUAUAUGAAAUUUUACUGAGGCAUGUAUGCGUUACUGAGUCAAAAAAAAACUUAAUUUGCAAUUUUAUAAUUGUAACUGUAUUUUAAGUGACUCAUUUGUAGCAUUACUUAAAGGUUUAACUAGCAAAAGAAAUGAAAAAUAAAUAAAAUUUACUGAAAUGUAUAAACUAAUAACAUUUUCCAUUUUUAUUUUAUAAAAUUAGUUUAUACGAUAUAAACAUUACUAAUGAUUACUUAAAAUAUGAAUACAUUACAUAUCAUACAUUUCUUUAUUGUAUUUAAUUUGAUAACGGCACAAUUUUGCUCUCCAAUGAAUACUUAUAAUUAUUACUGAUUAGUACUUUAAUAUAUUUAAUUUUAAAUAUAAUUUAUUCAUUUAAUUAUAAUUAAUUAACAAUUAAUUAAAUUAAUAAUUAAUUAAUUAACAAUUAAAUAUAAUUAUGAUUAUAAAACAAAUAAUUAUAUAAAAAAUUAAUUCUAAGCACACACCUACUUUAUUUAUAAUUAAACACAUUGUUUAUACAAAAUACAAGUACUUCAUACAUUCUCUUUUGUGUCCCACCCACCAAAUGCCAUUUCCAUUUUUCUUAUAUAAUAUUUACAUAUAGUUGUUAAACACACUUCCAUUCAAUGAAAACUUUGAGCUGUAAUUUGCCAUUGCGCCAAAAAUAAAUAUAUUUUUGAAAGAAAAAAUUAAUCGUUACAUUCAAGCGCGUAAUUUCUAAGUAAAUGUAUAUUGUAUGUAUGUAAUUUUAAUUAAAAUUAAAAUAUAAUAAUAAUAAUUCAAUGCUUAGUACACGUAGGCUAUUUAAUUUAAUGUUAAUUUAAUGCAAUGUAAUACAAAUUAAAUAAAAUUACAAAACAUAACCUUAAAAACUAACAAAUGUGCACCAGUUACAAAAAGACUUGUAAACAAAAUUUCCAAAUUUGAAAGAAUUAUAUAAUUAUAAUUGUAUGUAUGUAAAGUAAAUUGACAAAACACAAAAUUAUAUUAUAGAAUUAUAUUUGAUAAGCUGAUAAGCUGUGCUAAAUGUAAAUAUUGUCCUAUAAUUCUGUAUAGCUUGCUUAUGUUUGUACAUAUUGACAUCUCUAUGCAUAUUCGCCAUACAUCAAUCCAUUCCAUAGCCAUUAUUGCUAUGCAAUUAUUGAACGCCGCUUAUGUAUGUACUUGUAUGUAUAUUUUCAUAUUUAAUUGUGCGUUGAUAAACAUUGCAUAUAAAAAGUUCGUCCAACUAUUAUUUUUUAUAAAAAAAAUAUUUUUUACUCUCAAUAUGUGUAUGCAUUAUAUAGUGCUUAAAUGAUUAUUUUAUUGCAUUCUACCAUAUUUCAUAUAUUUAU